UCGGCAAAGGUCUCUAUGAGGAGACCCUAAGAAAAGUUAUUAGAAAAACAUACACAAAAAAAAAUUACCUAAGAUAAAAAAUAACAAAAAAAUAUAAUUAAAUAAAGUUAUUAACACAAACAAAACGAUAAGUUUUACUAUAAAAGUUCAAUAAAUCAUUGGUGAUUCAUGUUAAAAAAUAUGACAGACAAUAUUCAUUGACAAAUUGAACACAACAAUACACUUUCAACAAGACAAAAAAUAAAGGGCGUCUUCGUAUGAAAAAAGAUAACAUUUUCAAGAAAAUAAACAAAUUUAUUUGUAUUAUAAUUAUCCAGCAAAUAAAAGUUUCUAAGUUUACAGUUAAUACAAAGAUUUUUAUAAACUUUUUGUGUGAGACAGCUUUGCCAACAACGUAGCAACAAUAAGUCGUCAAAAUUGCUACUCUAACACCCUUAACGAGCAUACGCAACGCCCAAGACAGCGUUUGCAAAGGCUCCAACCAACAGAUUAAGCCAAAAGUAGAGGGAGCCAGCAGCAGCAAUAGUAUCAGUACUAGUAGUACAUCAGCAUCAAAUCAUCAAUUAAAGCCGGAACAGUCCGCAGCAGCAUCAUCGUCGUCUGGUUUAUAUACGAGUGGCAGUAGUAGUAGUAGUAAUAGUACUUGUCUAGUGGCUGUUACUCGUGCCAUCGAGGGUAAAUUACAAUUGACUGCCAGUCCUUGUGACGAUUUGGUCUUGGUGACCACUUCCAAAAUGUCCGGUGAUCAAAAGUCUUUAAUUAAGGGUCAUAGUUCACAGUAUGUGAAGCUUAAUGUUGGCGGUCGUUUAUAUUACACUACAAUUGGAACGCUGACAAAGCAUAAUGAUACGAUGUUAAGUGCCAUGUUUAGUGGUCGCAUGGAGGUGUUGACAGAUUCGGAAGGUUGGAUACUAAUCGAUCGAUGUGGACAACAUUUUGGCACUAUACUUAAUUAUCUACGAGAUGGUACUGUACCACUGCCAGAAUCUCAUCGAGAAAUUGCCGAACUAUUAGCCGAGGCAAAAUACUACUGUAUUACCGAGUUGGCGAUGUCAUGUGAACGUGCCCUGCUGGCACAUCAAGAACCCAAACCUAUUUGUCGCAUUCCUCUUAUAACAUCACAGAAAGAAGAACAAAUGCUAAUAAGUUCAUCAUCGAAACCGGCUGUUAUAUUGGUAGUGCAACGACAAAAUAACAAGUAUUCAUACACCAGUAAUUCGGAUGAUAAUCUCUUGAAAAAUAUUGAACUAUUCGAUAAGUUAUCGUUGCGUUUCAAUGAACGCAUCCUCUUCAUAAAAGAUGUCAUUGGACCGAGUGAGAUAUGUUGUUGGUCCUUUUAUGGGCAUGGCAAAAAAGUGGCCGAGGUGUGUUGUACCUCUAUAGUAUAUGCUACAGAUCGUAAGCAUACAAAGGUAGAAUUUCCAGAAGCUCGUAUAUAUGAGGAAACCUUACAAGUGUUAUUGUAUGAAAAUCGUAAUGCUCCCGAUCAAGAGCUAUUGCAGGCGACCUCUUCGGUACGCAAUCCCUCGGGUGGUGGUUCAUCGUCGGGUGCCUCGGGAGCCGGUUCUAGUGGUAUGCAUCAGUAUACAAGUGAUGAAGAAGAAGAACGUACUGGUCUGGCUCGUUUGCGUUCAAAUAAACGCAAUAAUCCCACAUGAUUUGUAACCCAUUAUGUGGUACGGCCACGACCCAUACUUCCCUAACUAUGGCGUACCAGUGGUAGUGAUAGUGCUUAAAGCUACUCCAACCGAGAUUUACUACAAAAGAAAAGGGUUUCAAAGCAUAGGAAAAACUCUCAAUAAAACAGCAACACCUCCCCCCCCCCCCAAUAUCUUCUAAAAAUAUUUCAUUAAAAUAUUAUCCUUAAAUAACAAAUAAACCAUAGUUGUUAAAUGUUUUUUCAAACCUGAUGUGCCAAUUCUAAGGGUACUAGAAAUAACAAGACUCCUUAAACAUUUGAUACGAAUUUAUAGGUUCACAGCCUUGUAUGAAAAAGGGAGCUUAUACCUAUAACUCUAUAAUUGUUCAUUUGCUGUUUGUAUACAAUUACAUUAAAAUAACAAUAUUGUAUUAACUUUUUUUUAAUUUUUUUACCAAGUACUUUUUCCAAUCUUUAUUUUUGAUUUUAAUUCAGAGAAAAGAAACAUAUUGUUUAUGAAUUAUUUACAUGUUUACGUACGUACACACACUUAUUAAAAAUGUUUAACAAACUUUAAAGAAAAACUGUUUAAAUAAAAAUGAAAAGAAAUUAAUAAA